AUGAAUUGGUUUGAUGAUGUGGUACCUGAUCGUUUGAAUAAUGAUGCGGAAAAUGGUGGCUGCCAUGAAUGGAACACUGGACUCUACGGACGUUUGGUAGAGGCUUGUUGGGUAGAGGCCAAGGAAGUGGAGGAUACUCCCAUUUUGGAAUAUAUAGAACCCGUGAAUCCAGCCAAGGCAAGAGUCAAGGAGGAUGAAUCCACACGCAAGACAUACAUUGAGGUUUUGGGUGCAUUGGGAAUCCUGAUUGUUUGCGGUGGAAUUGUUGGCUUUGCGGCCGCCAUUUUGCAAGACGAGGACAAAGAUUCUAAGUCUGCAAGUACCGAGAUGGUGGAGGAGUUUCUCACCGACACCCCCCAAUCAUCCGCAUUUGGCACCAACACGCUUUGUCUUGAACUUGCCAGAUUCUAUACUGCAAGCCAUCUUGGCUGA